AGGGUUGUCGGCGCAGCCGCAGUGCUCCGGUGGGUGCCCUUAACCUUGCGCGGUUUGCGGCGCGGCCCGAGGACCCGGCGCCCCGUGUGUGUGCGCGCGAGAAAGAGAGGAGAAGCAGAAGGGGCGACGCUCGCCGGGGAGCUGCGCUCGCUCGCUCGCUCGCCCGCCUCCCGCGUGGAAGCAUGUCUUUGGUGGCGGAAGCUUUCGUUACGCAGAUAGCAGCUGCAGAACCUUGGCCUCAGAAUGCAGCAUUGUAUCAGCCGCUGAAAGACGAACAAGUUUUGCUUUCUGAUAAUGCUGCUUGUCUUGCUGUUCAGGCCUUUUUGCAAAUGUGCAACCUGCCAGUCCAGGUGGUUUGUAGGGCAAAUGCUGAAUAUAUGUCCCCAUCUGGGAAAGUGCCCUUUAUUCACGUAGGAAAUCAAGUUGUUUCUGAACUUGGCCCCAUUGUGCAGUUUGUAAAAGCCAAGGGCCAUUCACUUAGUGAUGGGUUGGAUGAAGUCCAAAAAGCUGAGAUGAAAGCCUACAUGGAAUUAGUCAAUAAUAUGCUUUUGACAGCAGAGCUGUAUCUUCAGUGGUGUGAUGAUGCUACAGUCCAGGAGAUUACCCAUCCAAGAUAUGGAUCUCCUUAUCCUUGGCCCCUGAAUCGUAUUCUGGCCUACCAGAAACAAUGGGAGGUCCGACGUAAAAUGAAAGCUAUUGGCUGGGGCAGCAAGUCGCUUGAUCAGGUGCUAGAAGACGUAGAUCAGUGUUGCCAAGCCCUUUCUCAAAGGCUUGGAACACAGCAGUAUUUCUUCAAUAAGAAGCCAACUGAAUUAGAUGCUUUGGUGUUUGGGCAUCUGUUUACAAUCCUUACUACUCAGCUGAUCAGUGACGAACUAUCGGAGAAAGUGAAAGGCUACAGCAACCUCAUUGCAUUUUGCAGAAGAAUAGAGCAGCACUACUUUGAGGGGCACGACAAAGACAGCUUGGCAACUCUUCCAUCUCCGACGCUGAGGCGGUCAUUGAUGACCUGAAUGUUCUUUGGUGGCAGAAAUUUGGCAAACGGAUCUUUGAUUUUUGCAUUGUUUAAAAGAGACUAGUAACGACUUUGGAAAAUUGGAUGCACUGCACACUUUCUGUUUGAAAACUGCCAAAACUGUUGUAGCCCAAGAAAGAGAAUGUCCUUGUGACUAAUUCUACAAACACACAUUAUGAUGAAAUAAUUAGAGUGGGCUUUGUUGUAAUAUUAGCCUGCAUGCUGUUUUAACGUAACUCUAAAGUGUCCUUGAAAAACAACAUUGUACCAGAAUCCAACAACAAUAAAAUUUAUGACAACUCUG